AACGCGCGCAACGCAGUACAAGCGAGAAUGGGUUAAGGAAUUAGAAUAUUUUUGAAUGCUUAAUAACCGACGGAACCGUCCCGGUUUAGUUCAGUCGACUUUCACAAUUCGAACGGUUCGAGUGAUCAGGCACGCUUAUCUGUAGAGGGACAUUAUUCCCAAACUGGUGAACGAGUGCAGUGAGACCGCUGAGACGCACAUCACAAGUGUAGUAAAAGAUUGCAAGAUAAAAGUAAAAGUGUAAACCAGCAUCCGAACGAUAAUCGCUUGAAAAGCCGUCAGCAUGCCGGAGUACCAGUAUUUGUCUGGAUUUGGAUCGCAUUUCUCGUCGGAAGACGCACGCUUCCCGAACGCUCUACCGGAAGGACAAAAUUCGCCUCAAAAAUGUCCUUACGGGCUGUAUGCGGAACAACUCUCGGGAAGUGCGUUUACGGCACCGCGUACCGAAAACACGCGCACGUGGUUAUAUCGCAUCCGACCAUCGGUCGUACAUCAACCGUUCAAGCGAUUCGAGGGGACGGCUCCGUUUCUCCGUGGAACCGGUUGGGAAGAGCAGCACCCCAAUCCGAACCAGAUGCGCUGGAAUCCGUUCGAUUUGCCGGCUGACAGUACGGAGAUUGAUUUUGUCGCUGGGUUACAUACGGUAUGCGGUGCGGGUGAUGUCCGUGCCCGACAUGGACUGGCGGUGCAUGUGUAUCUUGCUAAUUCUUCGAUGAAGGAUACAGCGUUCUAUAACAGUGAUGGGGACUUUCUUAUUGUUCCCCAACAAGGUCCGUUGGACAUUACCACCGAGUUUGGACGGAUGUACGUGAAACCGAACGAAAUCUGUGUAAUUCCUCAAGGAAUCCGGUUCAGCGUAGCACUAGAAGGACCUUCGCGCGGUUACAUUCUCGAGGUGUACGACGGCCACUUCCGUCUACCCGACCUAGGUCCGAUCGGAGCGAACGGGCUAGCCAACCCACGUGACUUCCUGACACCAACGGCACAUUUCGAGGAUCGCUCGGUAGAUGGUUACCGAAUCGUGUCCAAAUUCCAGGGUGCGCUGUUCGUUGCCACGCAGGGCCAUUCGCCGUUCGAUGUGGUUGCUUGGCACGGUAACUAUGUACCGUACAAGUACGAUCUUGCCCGUUUCAUGGUGAUCAACUCGGUAAGCUUCGAUCACUGCGAUCCGAGUAUCUUCACCGUGCUUACGUGCCCGAGCAAUCGUCCAGGUACGGCCAUUGCCGACUUCGUUAUUUUUCCACCAAGAUGGUCCGUUCAAGAGAAUACCUUCCGUCCUCCGUACUAUCACCGCAAUUGCAUGAGUGAAUUUAUGGGCCUGAUAUUCGGUCGGUACGAGGCAAAGGAGGGUGGUUUCCUGCCCGGUGGGGCUUCCCUGCAUUCCAUGAUGACGCCGCACGGACCUGAUCAUCGGUGCUUUGAAGGAGCCUCUAAUGCGGAACUGAAACCGGAACGUAUUGCCGAAGGUACGCAGGCAUUCAUGUUCGAAUCAUCGCUGAGCAUGGCCGUUACACGCUGGGGUGAAGAAACAUGUCAGAAACUGGAUGCACGCUACUACGAGUGUUGGCAAGCAUUGGAAAAACACUUCCAUCUGUAAACUUCGUACUUUGGGUUGAAUGAAUUCGAUCGUUCGGUGAAGGGAUGCAAAAUUUUGUACACCUUUUAAACAUUCCACUUAAAACGUUUGAAGAUUAAGCAACUCUCUGCUUUUCUGUUUCGUCUUAUAUUUUUAUUCUUCAUUUUCCAUUUUGUAUCAUCUCGUUGAUUUUCUUGUGUUAUUCUCUUCUGUUUUCUUGUUUGGUUUUACUGGAUUUUGUUUUUGUAUGAUAAUUACGGAUAUAUUUCUUUAAGAAGCAAAUUUGAUAAAAUUAUGUACCGGGCGGUAUUUUCUUCUGUGUUUUGUUUUCUUUGCUCGUAUGUGUGUGUGUGUGUUUGCAUCACACUUCAAACAUAGAGGGUAUUUGAUUUUUUUAUUGUGCCUUCUUUUGCAUCAUCCGGUUUUGGUUUCCGCACCCGACGAGAUGCUUGCUAGCGAUUAAUUAAGAUAACCGUCAAAUACGACCAUGCUUAAGGACAUGUUUUUUUUUAUUAUUAUUUUGCUGUUUAAAAAGAACGUUUAUAAUUCGUAUCCUGUUUGCAUCAGUUUGCAUUCUCAUUUGAUUUAUCUCCUUUCUACUUCUGUGUGUUUUUUCUUUUCAUUUACAUAUUCGCUUCGCUCUGUUUUAACUUUAUGCAAAAGAAAUCAACACCAUGAAACGAAUUUAGCGCUCUUUCAAACGUUUGUAAUCUAGUUUUACAUGUCUUUCUAAUGCUUCUUCCCUUUAUGUACACCUGGCAAUGCACAUGUGCAGCACUCCCGCCGGUACGGUAGGCACAGAUAAAUCCAUGUUGAGAUUAUUGUUUUACAAAAAACGAACAAAUGUUACGAUCAAUCGGUGCAAUCGUGAAACGUUUCAACACACAACCGAAUCCUUAAAUCGACGGAUAAAAUGAAGCAUUUGAACUAGGUACGUUUGUGUUCGUGUUACUAAACGAAUUACGUGUUGCAAUCCAACGAUAUUUUCUUUACGGGGUUAUUAUUUUGGUUACGAGUUUACGGGUGAAGAGAAGCUUGUGCCUUUGCGCGAAAGCCAAUUGUACACAAUCACAUAAAACAUGGUACAAUUAAAUGAUACAGCGCUUCAUUCUAGCCGACAGUUACGACCGGAUGGCGCAUUUCUGCUUCGAGUUUCGUCUUUGCUCCUCUAUUUACCAUUAUCUUGUUUUGUAUGUGUGUUACAUUUUACGUAAAUUGGUUUAAGGUUUUCACGAUCACGUGUUACAGUUUCUAUGCAGGUCGACUAUUUGUUUGCCACUAUUGUAAUAUCCUUAUCUGCUUGCCACUGCACAUGUCCUGUUUGGCGCAGUGUAUUGCGUGCGUGCGUGAUUGUGCAUUCUUCCUUUCGUUAAUUUUUUUUCCCCUUCUAGCUACUAAUACAAUAAUGAUGGAACUAUAUAAGUUUAGGUAUCAUUCAUACAAAAAUAAACAGCAUUUUCUUGUGUGUUUACUUAUUA